GGGUACCCAUGAGUCAGUUGGGGGACCGCAGCUCUCAACCUGGCUGAUAGCUCUGUGACCUGGGUCUGUCUACUGGCAUUAAAUUCUGCUGGAAGAUGGAACACAGCAGGUUUCUGGCUGGCUUGAUACUCGCUGCCCUUUUCUCCCAAGUGAGCCCCUUCAAGAUAUUCGUGGAGGAACUGGAGGACAAAGUGCUUGUGAAUUGCAAUACCAGCAUCAGAUGGGUAGAGGGAACGAUGGGAAAACUGAUCUCGGGCAAUACAAGUCUGGACUUGGGAAAACGCGCCCUGGACCCACGAGGAGUAUAUAUGUGCGAAUGGACAAAUGAGCAACCCAGCAGGAUGUCCACUGUGCAAGUAUAUUAUCGAAUGUGUCAGAACUGUGUGGAGCUGGACUCAACCACUCUAGCUGGCAUUGUCUUCACUGAUAUCAUCGCCACCCUGCUCCUCGCUCUGGGAGUCUACUGCUUUGCUGGACAUGAGACCGGGAGGCUCUCUAGGGCUGCUGACACCCAAGUUCUGUUGAGGAAUGACCAGCUCUAUCAGCCCCUCCGAGAUCGGAAUAAUGCUCAGUACAGUCAUCUUGGUGAAAACUGGCAUCGGAACAAGUGAACCUGUGACUGGUGGCCUGCAGGCGGAGCAGCUAUCCUCUGUACCUUCUCUCCUUGCUCAGCCAAUAAAGGUGUCUUCUUCCAUUAGAA